GUGGCAUGGAAUUCUAAAUUUGGAUUUGUGAUUUUCCAGGGAAAUCACAUUUCUGGCACCCGUGGCCAUGGGUGUCAAUGACAAACCUGGACAUAUAAAUAGCUGUGGAUGGAAAUCCUGCAACCUAGUCCCUAGUCCAGAACCGGUGAGCAACCAUGAAGACCUUCGUCUUUCUGGCUCUCCUGGGAGCUGCUGUUGCUUUCCCUGUGGAUGAUGAUGACAAGAUCGUGGGCGGCUACACCUGUGGGGCAAAUACUGUCCCCUACCAAGUGUCCCUGAACUCUGGCUACCACUUCUGCGGGGGCUCCCUCAUCAACAGCCAGUGGGUGGUGUCUGCAGCUCACUGCUACAAGUCUGGAAUCCAAGUGCGUCUGGGAGAAGACAACAUUAACGUCGUUGAGGGCAAUGAGCAAUUCAUCAGCGCAUCCAAGAGCAUCGUCCAUCCCAGCUACAACUCAAACACCUUAAACAACGACAUCAUGCUGAUUAAACUGAAAUCAGCUGCCAGUCUCAACAGCCGAGUAGCCUCUGUCUCUCUGCCAACAUCCUGCGCCUCUGCUGGCACCCAGUGUCUCAUCUCUGGCUGGGGCAACACCAAGAGCAGUGGCACCAGCUACCCUGAUGUCCUGCAGUGUCUGAAGGCCCCCAUCCUAUCAGACAGCUCUUGCAAAAGUGCCUACCCAGGCCAGAUCACCAGCAACAUGUUCUGUGCGGGCUACCUGGAGGGCGGAAAGGACUCCUGCCAGGGUGACUCUGGCGGCCCUGUGGUCUGCAGUGGAAAGCUUCAGGGCAUUGUCUCCUGGGGCUAUGGCUGUGCUCAGAAAAACAAGCCUGGGGUCUACACCAAGGUCUGCAACUACGUGAGCUGGAUUCAGCAGACCAUCGCUUCCAACUAAACAGCUUCAUCUCUUCAUGACCCUCCCUGUUAACCAGCGUCACCUUCCUCCCAUCCUGAAAACAUUACUGAAAUAAAAUCAUUUAUAAAACCAAAUAUGUUCAAGUGAAAUUAGUUGAUUUUUACAUACUUUCUCUUCAAUCUGGCUGUUGAGAAGAUGGUGGACAUAGAGUUGAACUAUUAUAUGAAGAUGGAGUUUGAAAGGUGAUUCAGUCAUUCAUCCAGUCUCAUCAGAAUAAGUUGAUAUUCAUCUA